AUCUGUACUAAAAUCUAGCUAAUUAGUCAACAUGGAAGAAAUUGGAAUAACGGAGACACAAGCACCGGUCGAUCCAACCAUAACGCGACCCAGCACAGCCAUUACUGACAUUGGCUACGCAUAUACUGAUUCCUCUCACGACGACGAUCUCUACAUCAAGUACAAGAAACUGCAAAAGCAACUCGAGUUUCUGAACGUGCAAGAGGAAUAUAUCAAGGAUGAGCAGAGAAACUUGCAGAAUGAGUAUCUUCAUGCUCAAGAAGAGGUGAAGCGUAUCCAGAGUGUGCCUCUGGUGAUUGGCCAGUUCCUAGAGGCUGUGGACGCCAACUACGGCAUUGUGGGAUCGACCACUGGCUCCAACUACUAUGUGAGACUGCUGUCAACUAUAGACAGGGAGCUGUUGAAGCCAGGCUCAUCUGUGGCUCUGCAUAAACACUCCAACGCGCUGGUGGAUGUGUUGCCCCCCGAGGCAGAUUCCUCAAUCAGCAUGCUCAGUGCGGAUGAGAAGCCAGACGUGGACUAUAGUGACAUAGGGGGUAUGGACACUCAGAAGCAGGAGAUGAGGGAAGCAGUGGAACUCCCUCUGACCCACUUUGACCUCUACAAACAGAUAGGAAUAGACCCACCCAGGGGGGUGCUCAUGUUCGGACCCCCAGGGUGUGGUAAGACGAUGUUGGCCAAGGCGGUGGCCCACCACACGACUGCCUCCUUCAUCCGAGUGGUGGGCAGUGAGUUCGUGCAGAAGUACUUGGGGGAGGGGCCGAGGAUGGUGAGGGAUGUGUUUCGACUGGCAAAGGAGAACUCACCAUCCAUCAUAUUCAUAGACGAGAUAGAUGCUAUUGCAACCAAGAGGUUCGAUGCCCAGACGGGAGCUGACAGGGAAGUGCAGCGGAUUUUGCUGGAACUGCUCAACCAGAUGGACGGAUUCGACCAGACCACAAAUGUCAAGGUGAUCAUGGCCACCAACAGACAGGACACUCUGGACCCCGCCCUGCUUCGUCCGGGUAGACUGGACAGGAAGAUAGAGUUCCCCCUGCCGGACAGACGCCAGAAGAGACUCAUAUUCUCCACCAUCUGCAAUCGCAUGAAUCUGUCAGAUGAAGUGGACAUUGAGGACUAUGUCUCACGACCGGACAAAAUCACAGGUGCUGACAUCAAUGCCAUCUGUCAGGAGGCAGGCAUGCACGCAGUAAGGGAGAACAGAUACAUUGUGUUGCCCAAGGACUUCGAGAAGGGGUACAAGAACAACACUAAGAAGGGCGACCAGGAACUGGACUUCUACAAAUAACGAGAAUGAUAAAAAAAGGAAAGACGGCAAUUAUUUGAAAAAUUUUCAUGACAAUGAACAUUGUUGAAACGGUAGAAGGACUGCUAUUUUUUGAACUCAUGGUUUUAUGUAAUUAUCGAGCCAUUAGAUGUUGUGAAUUGAUUGAAUGAUAAUUAUGAUGGCGUUGUUUUAAAUUGUUCAGUUGAUUAAUGCAGGUAGGGAUUUUUUCACAAGCUUUCAUUUAGCAGAAACUUGAUAAAAUGGCUGAAAUAUCGUUUGUCUGUUGCUCGAUAUUUGCAGCAUGGAAAAAGUCUGAUUCAUUUCUUUUGAAUUUAUUAAAAAUUGAAUGAUCACACCAUUUUGAUGAACUUGUCUCCUUCAAGAGAUUCGCUAUCCCA